AUAAAUUGUUAAAUAAUGAUCUUACUCGAGAUCAAUAAUAAAAUUAUAGAAGAUACACUAACAGUAAAAUAUAAAAAUGCACUGGCGCGCUUAAAGCCUGAAUCCAUAGAUGUGAAAGUGGCAGAUUUUGACGGAGUGCUGUUUCAUAUAUCCAAUGUUAAUGGAGAUAAAACCAAAGUUAGAGUUAGUAUAUCACUCAAGUUCUACAAGCAGUUAGAAGAACAUGGGGCAGAUGAGCUGCUCAAAAGAGUGUAUGGACCGCUACUUGCUGAACCAGAGUCUGGUUACAAUGUUUCUGUCGUAUUGGACGUUGACCCGGAGAACAUUCCGGAGGAUUGGGAAGACACGGUAAAAAAAGUGGGACUCCUGAAGAGAAACUGUUUUGCGUCCGUCUUCGAGCGCUACUUCCGACUGCAGGAAGAUGGUGAAACGGGGCACAAAAGGGCGGUUAUCAACUAUCGCCAAGAUGAAACAUUAUACGUAGAAGCGCAAGAAGAUCGUGUGACCGUGGUGUUCUCAACGGUAUUCCGACACGAAGACGAUAUGGUCAUCGGCAAGGUGUUCAUGCAAGAACUCAAGGAGGGUAGAAGAGCUUCACAUACAGCGCCACAGGUCCUAUUUUCUCACAAGGAACCUCCGCUAGAACUUAUGGACACAGACGCAAAAGUAGGAGAAAAUAUCGGAUAUGUAACGUUCGUGCUGUUCCCGCGACACACAUGCUCGGCGGCGCGUGACAACUCGAUCGACCUGCUGCACAUGUUCCGCGACUACCUGCACUAUCACAUCAAGUGCUCGAAGGUGUACGUGCACAGCCGCAUGCGCGCUAAGGCCGGCGACCUGCUCAAGGUGCUCAACCGCGCACGCCCGCAGGCCACCGCACGCCCCACGGAGCGCAAGACCAUCACGGGAAAAACGUUUGUAAGGCGAGAUUGAGUGUUGCGCCACGGCGAGUCAUAGGCGCCGAUUACACGUAGCAGUCUCCAUUUAUCGUAACACCCCAUUCUUCUAACAUCUCCCCGAGAGUCGCUCCAGACGACGUCCAUUGCCGAUAAUGCCUAGUUAUUUAGAGUAGUCACCAGAGAUUUUAAUCGAGUGGACGUGUUAUACGCAACGGGACUUCGACAAUGUGCGUAUUUCAUACAUCAAUAUUAUGGUCCCAUAGUAAUUAUUGUUUACUCCACACAGCAUCAAAGCCACUAAUUCGAUACACAAACUACUAAUUUUAUAAAAACUUCGUUGCCAUUUAUACAUAAAAUCAUAUGCCAAAAUAUAUAAAAAUAAUGCUCAAUAUUUACCAACUGCCGAUUUUUUAUAGACAGAAAAUGUGCACAUUGUAUUCAUAUGAAAAUAUUUAUUAUUAUCAAAUCUUCAAGCCUAGCGUAAAGUCAAUAAAAUUAAUGUUGCCGUAGUAAUUGUUAAUAACAAAAUUAUGCUUUAUUAUAAUGAGAGUUCUAUUUAUAGCGGUGGCACAGUAACAAACUUGGUUCCUAAAUCUACAGUGUUCACUUAGAGGCGGGUUCAGUUCAUUCCAGAAAUCUGAGAUAAAUAACUUGAGUAAAUGGAUAUAAAUAAUAAUUAUAGGCAUUACCACCGACAUGAAAUAUUGUUAAUUUUUUUAUCUCAUCUUCGAUUUACCCAGUUGUGGUUCGUAUUUUUGUGGUAGUCUCAGGGUAUGUGAGUUAAGUAUGUAACAAAUGUUUUUGGAGACUCCUCGACAACAUCUCUGGAAGAUUCCUCGUCGUCAGCAAUAAAUACGCUAGUGUCCGCCAGAGAACCACUUCUAGCUUACGUAACUUGUUGUAAUUUAUACAAAUACCAAUCCUCGUAUAGGGUAAAUUGUAUUAUAAAAUCUAGAAUAUAUAUUGUUUCGAUUUACAAAUUGUAAAAAUGUACAUCUCUGCAACGUCGCGACAGGUAACAUGCACAAACUUUACGAAUUAUUAAAUGUUUAUUUCGUGAACACUCCUUUAUUUAGUUUCAUAAUGCAAUACGCGAACAAUAAUAAUUUUAAAGGUCACUUAUUACGUUUAUAGGUAAGUCCCAUUCUGUUAUAAUAUAAGUAAAAGUGUAUAGUAUUUCUCAAUAGAAUCUUCCAUAGACAAAGAUAUACAUAAAAAAAACAUAAUGGCCUUAUAUAAGGGAGACUUCAGUUUAUUGGAUUUUGGAAGUGCCGCGAUUUCGCGGUAGGUUUUGUUCGAUAGAGUCGCUAGUUUAGAGGAUACUCCGUGUAUCAGAUAUUUAAGUGCAAUUCGAACACUCAUUCUAUUUCAACUUGCAUUUAUUUUGUGAACCGUCUCUAGAAAAUACAUUUUUUCAAAACAUUCUAAUCAAUUGUUAUAUUUUUAUAAUUAACGAUACUCCAGAGGGGAAACUUGUAUUUUAGACGUCCAUUGGCACAGUAAUUUAUAUUGCUCAAUGUGCAUGCACCAAGCUGUUACGAGGUCAUUUAUCUUACAAGGGGAAAUCCUUCUAUGAAUUUAAUUGUGAACCGAUACCUUCACUUCAUGAGUAAUUGAGAGAAAUUAGCGCUAAGUUGGGCGAAGUACGGUAAGCAAAUAUCGGGUCAUGGACUGAGAGUAUAGGCUGUCAAAUCGGUUUGUCUGGAAGUCAUAGGAUUAUAAAUGUAAUUCACCUUAGUCAUUACUGAU